AGUUACAGUCUCCGACAGUGAGCUUGCGUCACACAAGAAACAAAUCCCUCUCGACUCUCAGUCAAACCGGACGUAUACAAAGAGAAGAAUAUGAAGUCGACGGUUGUUUUCUUUGUUAUUGUCCUGGGCGUUGUCUUGGCAUUGGAGCAUCCCAACAUUGAAGUGAGGGAGGAUUCCACCAACUCCAGAUGUAUAUGGACCUUCGCAACAGACGUUCCUCCCUCAGGAUGUCCGGUCACUUUUCCCGCCACUGGAAUGGCUGACGUCAUCAGCGACCAUAUAGAAGAGGCGGUGGGAGAUUUGGACACCAUGGUGGAAGAACAACAACUCAGGAGCAUUAGAGAUGGCAACAACGCACUGAAACAGCAGUUAGAAAGGCAGCACAUGACAAAUGACAUGAAUAGUCUUCAGGGCCAGAUAGACGAGAUGACGUCAGACAGUACCCGGAUGGAGGAACACAUCACGGGCAUGCAGGGCAAGAUGGUUACACUCAUGGCUCAGGUAGAGAAACUGCUGACAGCUGCAACCGAUCUUCAGGCUACUUCUGACUAGAUGGUCACCGACAACACAUCCGCUCCUCAGGAUUGAUACGUUUUUACAUUUAACUAGAACUGAAAAAGUAUUUUUUUAGGCAUUGUGACCAAACUUCGUGUAUGGUAAACAAACCUAUCUCAACGUUUAUUCCAAACAUCACAAAUGGACAAAAAGUAGCCGAACCUUUAUUUAUUACAGUAGUUCUACAACCCAUGUAUUAGAAGUCCUGUCACUAUAUGUAACGUUAUUUCAUUACAACUUUUAUAUUGUAAUGUUAUGCCUGUACUUAUUAGCCUGAUGCGACAUGAACCUACAAUAAAGACUGUCAUUACCUACGCCAAGAAGGUAAUGUCUUCGGUGCCGUUUA